AUGGGGAGUGGGGAUAAACUCCAUUUGAAUUUCCAUAUUCACUUGCCAAAAAACCACCACCACCACCACCACCACAGGAAGAAAGAGUUGAAAGAUAUCCCAAAAGGGUGUCUUGCUGUCAUGGUAGGUCAAGGUGAGGAGCAACAAAGGUUUGUGAUUCCUGUGAUUUAUAUAAAUCAUCCACUCUUCAUGCACCUGUUGAAAGAAGCUGAGGAAGAGUUUGGAUUUGAUCAACAAGGCCCCAUCACUAUUCCUUGUCAUGUUGAGGAGUUUCGCAAUAUUGUUCAAGGCAUGAUCGAAGAGGAGAAUUCCCAGUAUCACCACCACCACUAUCAUGUUUGGUGCUUUAGGGUUUGA